CUUACUGAUUGUGUUUUCAUGCAAGUUUAAUACUCAUAUGUGUUAAUAACGAAUUUAAAACACCACUUUAUAUCCAAGAAAAUGAAAUAUAUUUUAUGUGUUGCAAUAUUCUGGAGUUUAUUGAAAUCAUGUUUAGCAGGUGGCUGCAAUGACUACACCGGCUACCGGUACCUGAAUGAUUACGAUCUGGCAGAAAAUGAAGACGACCCUAGUGAAACAGGAUUGUUAGUCGAUCUUCAGGACAGUGGUUAUAAGAUUGAAUGUUCGUGCGGCAUUGUUACCAAAUGGGAGUUCUUCGCUCGGAAAAACGGCACCGUUAUCCUGUACGUUCUAGACGAAAGCGGAAACGUACGAGGAUAUACGUCAGUACAUGUACCAAAUUUUUUCGCUGGCGGCGGAAACAAUCAUUAUGAGCUGCCGGUUUCAAGUGAAAUGUGGAUUCCUGUCCAGCAGAAAGACCGUCUAGCGUUUUUCACAGAAGGUUAUCCAAUGAUAACGUUCCAAAACGGAACAAGCUCGUCGCAAAAAUGGAACACAGGGCAAGUGUUUGUGGACACAGGCGGUAACGUUGCAGUGUCUUCAGAAGGAGACAAAAGUGAUAACAGAUAUGCAGUGGCUGCAUAUAUUGAAGAAGCACACGAGCCGAUGUUUGUUAACGCUCCAUUUACGGUGACCAUCUUCACGCACGAUUACGUUAGCUCGCCCGUCAUCUUUACAGCCACCGUCCUUGACCUUGACGGAACAGAUAUACUUGACGUUACGAUGAACGGCACGGAAAGCGUGAAAUUUACUCUUACCGACAUCUCUAACGAUAGACACAACCUGGCGUACACCUCUCUCCUGGCAGCAGGCGAUUAUGAACUCAAUUUAUACGUCACAGAUGGAUGCCACCCACCGGUCCCCACAGUUGUCACCGUCAAAAUCAUCAACGAGCGGCCACGUUUCACAGAGCUUCCGGCAUCGAUAACAAUCGAAGAGGACAGCACAACAGUGACACCGUUACUGACCCUCAGUCCCAACGACCCCUCUAGCGAUUCCGUAACAUGUUCCCUGGCUAGCUCAACGCAACCUUUUAAUAUGAAUGCUAACAGCAUUGAAUACGACGGUACUGGACUUGAGUUUGCCACAAAGAAGUUCUACGACAUCGUUGUCAAUUGCAAUGAUGGUGUUUCGACUGUCACAUCUAACUUCCAAGUUGACGUCAUUAAGAACGAACCCCCCUCGUACAACUCGGGCGCCGGGGUACUGCCAGGGUGGACAGCGGUUGACCGUUCCAGCGAAAGCGAAAAGACGAUUUACACUCUUAAUGCGACCGACCCAAACGGCGACACGCUAGUUUUCACGCGCGACAGCUGCACCUCCCUUAACGGCAGUUCCUGCGACAGCUACAUUGAGGUUUCUUCAACUGGCAAUUUGACAACAAAGGCUGUAUUGGACGAUGUUGGUUACGAUGUCGGUAUAUCGGUUACCGAUAACAAGGGAAACACCGUUGGACCGUACUACCUCUCCGUCCUGACAUCUGAGGAUCCAUACACGUUCGAAUCACCAGUAACGUUUGUUAACCUCGACGCCACGAUCCAUGUGUUGGAAGGUACGGCAGAGGGAACCUAUCUUUACAAGGUCAUGUAUCUGGACGAGAACCCGACAGAAAAUUUCACACUCACCGCCACCGCCAACGCCACCACCCUUACACAUUUCGAUUUUAAUACAUCAACUGGUAUAGUGACAACAAAAGAUUUGACAUCGUACGACUUUGAUACGGAGGCAUCGAACGUUGAGACAAUAACUAUAACCGUAGAUGAUGGCUUGGAUUCUAACAUAACCACUACAGCAACAGGCACCAUCACCUUCAGCUUUGUAAACGUUAAUGAAGGACUUGAACCUCUCAGCCUAUCAUCACCUACAUUCACUAUAUCGGAGACUGCAGUGACAGGUGACGAAGUCGGAACUAUAGUGGCAUUCGCGAAUGACAUUGAUGGUGACACCGUUUACUAUACGAUGGACUGUGGAGACGAUUCUAAAUACUUCUAUUUCAACCCUAGCGACAAAAAGGUGUAUUUGGCCCGUGAGUAUGACAUGGAUCUUGGACUUUCCGGCACUGCCACAUGCGAAAUAACAGCUCGAGACGCCGGUGGAUUCAGCCUUUCCGACAACAUCACAAUCACGAUAGAGGAGACAAACGACAACAGCCCCGCGUUCCCACACCUCAACUACGUGUUCAUACAGUCCCCGUCCGACCCCUUCUUUACGUUCAUCGCUGAUAUGACGGCCUCGGACGGAGACAUCAACGACACUCCAGACACGCUCACGUAUAUGUUCAAUCGUACGGAAUUCAGGAUCAACGACACUCUAGACACGCCCACGUAUACGUUUGCUAAUACGACGGAAAUCUCGAGCAUCGAUCCUGCGGAUGUUUUUCAGAUUGACGCUGACGCACUAUUGUAUGUCAGAGACGUAAGCAAUUUCAGCCAAGGAGACUUCUACUCGUUCGAGAUCAUCUCCUCUGAUACUGAAGGACGUAAUGGCACAUGCACGGUGACUGUCAUAUUCAGCGGGGUGGCAACCACGACCACAACCACGACGGAGCGGGUACUGGUAUUUGCAGAUGACCCUGGUAACUAUUUCUGGCUCUUCCUCAUAGGGGUAAUCGGGUUUUGUAUCCUUCUGGCCGUCCUUAUCAUCGUGUGUCGAGAUCCACCAAUCUACGAGUACGUCACCAAACAGAUGUAUAGGUUCAGUAACUGGUGCCGAAGGAAGCCAAAACCAAAGGUUCCGAGACGCACGGUGGGAAAACUGACCGUGACCGUGAACCGGAAGACGCUAGAAAACGACCCUGACAACGCGUUACCUUGGGAACUGCUCGCAAAGGACAACGACGUACCGGAAGUAAACGAAGUUCAGGAAUCUAUCCAUCGUCGGCAGGAACGACGGGACCGUGACUACAAGAACGUUAAGGGGCUUGCGGUGUUUGAGAAAGGGAAAGGUGCGCGGCCUGACUCUUCCAGAAGUGGGUCAUCAGCUUCAAUCGGCAGGAGUAGCGAAUCACCACAAUAUGCGAAGUUUGUCAGCAAGGCAGAUGGCGGUGAAGGACAGUGGGGCGCUCUCUCUUAAGGUCGUAUGGCGGUCAGUCGGGAGGUCGAGGACUUGAUGGACAAUGUUCAUUUAUAGAAACUCAAGUUGAUUAUGUGCCACUUGUGUAAUUGCUUUUAAUUGCUUUAUAUAAAUUUUUGUUUAAAAAUCAUGUUGAUAAAUAAAAGGAAAAUAUUAAGAAGCAGGUAUAAUAUAAAGGUUUUCCUGUAGAGCUAAUGUAGCAACAUGGAAUUUUUCGAAGGUUGAGAUUCGCAUUACUCAAACUUUCAGACCAUGGCGUGAGCAAAGUAUAGCUCUGCAAACCGACGAAGUUUUUGUACAUAAACUAUGGCUGCUGUUGUUUAAAUUUUCAACACCAGUGUUGUUAUCAAAAAAUGUUGAACUUGUUUUGUUUUUUUAAUUUCAAUGUACCUUCAAUGGUUUCCUUUACAUGGUUUCUUUUUAAAGUUGGUUUUCAAAUUAAUCGCUAACAAACAGUAGAGUAGUUAGUUAGUUAGUUACUAUAUUAAUUGUGAUCCCAUUUGCUGUAUUUUUAUUGUUUACUUGAAAAUGAAUUGAUUGUUAUAUCAAAAAAAUAUCAAACGAAUACAUUUACGUCUGUUUUCUAACAAUGUGUAUAUACAUCUUUUUUUCUCAUUUAUUUUCACAUAGAGUAGUAAUAACACAUUAUCUUCAUCUUUAUAUAAUAUAACCUUCUAUGCAUUUUCUAUCAGUAUGGUUAAGCUCACACACACACACACACACGCACACGCAGACACACACGCAGACACACACACACACACGCACACGCAUACACACACGCAGACACACACACAUACACGCACACGCAUACACACACGCAGACACACAUACACACACGCAGACACACACGCACACACACACGCACACACACACACACACACACACACACACAUACACACACACACACACACUCACACGACAGUGAUGUCCCCUACACUUAGAUAUGCAUACAAGUAAAAACUACAAUAGAGAUUUAAUAUUUGUUAAAUAAUUCAACAAAUACAUACAUUACGAAAAUAAAAAAAAAUAAAAAAAUGAAUCGUUAUGGCUAUUUGUGUCUUUUACUGAUUACGUUAGUUUCAGUAUUUCCCACUUUUUAUUGUAGGCUUCGUACUUAUCGUUUUUUAAAGCAAUUUGCUCUUCUAUUUUAAUCCUUAAUUUAAGAUACAUCAUAUAUGCAUUAAAGGAUAGAUGUCUAUUAUUGUACUUGGUUGAGUUUAUAUAAAAUUUCAUUUAAACAAUAAGGAAGUUGCAAACAUUACCAUAUUUGUUUUUACAUACUGUUCCCAAUAAAGCCUCACGUUUAUUGAUUACGAUGUUAAUUGUUGUUGAGGCAAUAAAAUUAUUUAAUUUGUUCCACAACUGUUGUGUUUCAUAGCACCCCCAAUAUAGAUGUUCUAUGGAUUCGACACCUGAAUGGCAAAAUGAGCAUAAUGUACAAUCGACAAGUUUGUACUUAAAAAGUAAUGUAUUUGUUGGUAUUAUUCUCAGAAGGAACUUGUAAUAAAAACUACGUAAGGUGGUGUCUAUUGUUGAUUUGUAUAUAUUACUAUAGGUAUGUUUCCAUUCCAUAUGUUUAUUUUCGCUUGCUAAAGUUUCUGUCCAUUUUUGUUCUGAAGUUGGUGUUAAUGUUGUUUGAAGCAAUAUUAAGUAAAGAAAAUUGUUUGAUUGCUUUGAUUGUACAACUUUUUCUUUGAAUGAUGUGUUGUUAGUGUGGCUAAUUCCAUCUUUAGUAAGCUGUAUUCUCGUUUCCAUCGGGAUUGAUUUAAUGAGGGUUUGGUAUCUUAUGAAAUCGGAGCUUUGUAUGCCGUAUAAAUAUUCAAUUUGAUUAAAAUUGUAAAAUGUA